AUGCGGGAAAUCGUGCACAUCCAGAUUGGCCAGUGUGGCAACCAAAUUGGAUCCAAGUUCUGGGAGGUGAUCGGAGAAGAACAUGGGAUUGACUGUGCUGGGAGCGACCGCGGGGCUUCUGCUCUGCAACUGGAGAGAAUCAGCGUGUACUACAACGAAGCCUACGGUAAGAAGUAUGUGCCCCGAGCUGUCCUUGUGGACCUGGAACCCGGGACGAUGGACAGCAUCCGAUCCAGCAGAUUAGGAGCUCUCUUUCAGCCUGACAGUUUUGUUCAUGGUAACUCAGGAGCUGGUAACAACUGGGCCAAGGGUCACUACACAGAGGGAGCAGAGCUGAUCGAGAAUGUCAUGGAUGUGGUGAGGAGGGAGAGUGAGAGCUGCGACUGCCUACAGGGUUUCCAGAUCGUGCACUCUCUGGGUGGGGGCACUGGCUCAGGCAUGGGCACCUUGCUCAUGAACAAGAUCAGAGAGGAAUACCCAGAUCGGAUCCUGAAUUCCUUUAGCGUCAUGCCAUCCCCCAAGGUGUCGGACACGGUGGUAGAGCCCUACAACGCUGUGCUGUCCAUUCACCAGCUGAUUGAGAACACAGAUGCCUGUUUCUGCAUCGACAAUGAGGCACUCUAUGACAUUUGCUUCCGCACCCUGAGGCUGACGACACCCACCUAUGGGGAUCUCAACCACCUGGUGUCCUUGACCAUGAGUGGCAUCACUACCUCCCUUCGCUUUCCUGGCCAGCUCAAUGCAGACCUGCGCAAGCUGGCAGUGAAUAUGGUGCCCUUUCCUCGUCUUCAUUUCUUCAUGCCUGGCUUCGCUCCACUCACGGCCCAGGGUAGCCAGCAGUACCGAGCCCUCUCAGUGGCUGAGCUCACCCAACAGAUGUUUGAUGCCCGCAACAUCAUGGCUGCCUGUGACCCUCGCCGUGGUCGCUACCUGACUGUGGCCUGCAUCUUCAGGGGUAAGAUGUCCACUAAGGAAGUGGACCAACAGCUGCUGUCCGUGCAGACAAGGAACAGCAACUGCUUCGUGGAAUGGAUUCCCAACAAUGUCAAGGUGGCCGUGUGUGACAUCCCACCCCGGGGGCUGAACAUGGCAGCCACCUUCCUAGGUAACAAUACAGCUAUCCAAGAGCUCUUCACCAGGGUCUCCGAGCACUUCUCAGCCAUGUUCAGAAGGAGAGCCUUUGUGCACUGGUACACCAGCGAAGGGAUGGACGUAAGUGAAUUUGGGGAAGCUGAGGGUGACAUCCACGACCUGGUGUCUGAGUACCAACAAUUUCAAGAUGUCAAAGCAGAGCUGGAGGGAGGUGAAGAGGACAGGGAAGAGGAGGCAGAAACAGAGACAGAAGAUAAAGAACAUUAGCCAGGAGAGAAGCUAUAGGGCAGCCAUUUUUCAGAAAUUUCUCCAAAGAUUUGUGGCUGUCCUGAAGUCCUUGGCACAACCAAGGGGGAGGAUUACAGGCAUAUGUGGUGGUGAUGGUUGGGAGUGGCAGGGCCUUUACUCACAGUUACUAGCCAGGGCUCGACAGCCAUUGCAUGAUUUUCUUCUUCUUUUUAAAUAGCAAGUGAAUCUACUGUCGUGAGCCCCAUUUACUUCUCACUAACUGUAGGUAGACAUCCAGAUGAAGUGUGUGAGUCUGCCAGGAGCCCUUUGCAGCUGAUGGCCCCUCUUCAACCCUUUAGCAGCACUGCUGGGUGCCAAUAACUAGAGCAUCUAAGAUGCCUCACCGAGUCCCUCUUUCACAAAGCCAGCAAAGCCGGGUGUCUGAAGAGUGUGUGGGAGGUUCAGGGCCAAGGGAAGUGUGAGUCCGCCUCCAUGAUUGCACUGUGUAGACCUUAUGUACUAGUCGACAGGCUGACUGGGAAAAGACAAAGGGAAGCAAGAAAAGCCACGUCUCUCCUCUCGGCUCCCACCGUCCAAAAGACCAGCAAAAGCAAAGCAUUCCAGUCCUUGGACCUUUGUUUCCCAGGAACUGGCUUCCGACGUAUUUCUGUGUUUUAAGGUUCUUAUUAGAGCUAGAUGCCAGUAAUUCACUAAUGACUGUCCCUGGUUUCCUCUUAAAGGCUGUUUGUAGACGCCCUUUUCAUUUCCCCUCAGCAAUCACCCCUGAAGCUCCCGUACAGCCUCUCCAUUUUCUGGGAAAGGGCACGAGGCAUGCUCAGCAACCAUUUGAAUGCAGGAAUGUAGCCGCAAUGCCGCAGUGUCCUCCUUGGUGACAGAGGACAUGGUCUCAUUAGGGAACUUUUAUAGUUCAGAUUAAUUUGCAGAAGUUGCCAUAGACACUUGCAGGAUGACACAGCUUUAACCAUUGCACGGCUGUAAUCUCACAUCACAACAGGACUGAGCACACAGGAGCCAAAUCACCCACUCGUAACCUCUUGAUUAUAGUGUGCCUAGGUCUGAGGUGCAUGGGGUCUUAACGGUCUGCUGGAAUCAUCGAGGAGCUCCUUGACCUCUCCAAAGGGAGUUAUUUGCAUGAAACUGAGUUCUAGUGUCUUAGUUUGUCCCCAUGAUGCUAGUGAUGGAACCCAGGGCCUUGGGGGUAUGCUAGACAAGUGUUCUGUCACCAGCUCUAAAGUGGCAGGUGGAUGGCACUCUCCUCAUAUAUGCCCUGUGAGGAAAUAAUUACAAUUCAUAUCUAGAGAAAAUCAAGCCCCAUUGUUGGUAUGACUGACCAGGCUCCUGUUUAUAUAAUCAAAAAAGCACAAAGUAUUUUAAAUACUUUCCACUUUGGUAUGGAUGGAGAAGCACUAGCUGUA